CCUGGCAGACAAUGGACGUGAAGGCCUACCUCCAGAGGGUGAAUUUGACAGAUACUGCACCUCCUUCCCUCUCUGCAUUAUGUGAAUUACACCGUCACCAUGUACACUCUGUGCCUGUGGAAGGUCUCAGCAUACAUAGCGGGGAAAAAAUUAUCUUGGAUAUUCCAUGGAUAUAUAAUAAAAUAGUUGUUAGGAGACGAGGUGGUUUCUGUUAUGAGAACAAUGGUCUUUUUUUAUGGGUUCUGCAACAACUGGGCUACAAAACACAGGUGCUGUCAUCCAGAGCGAGGAGCCCAAUAUUUGGCACUUUUGGUCCACCCUUUGACCAUAUGAUAUUGAUGGUAGAAGUACAAGGAAGGAGAUGGCUUUGUGAUGUUGGUUAUGGUGAAGGUAUUGUUGAGCCAUUUCCACUGGAGGAUGGAUGGGAAGAGGAGCAGGACAGCGGUGUGUAUCGGUUACGGGUAGAAGGAGAUGAGUGGUAUAUGGAGAAGAAGGAUGGUGGCUGGAGAAGUCUCUUCAAGUUUACCCUCGAGGAGAGGACAUUAGAGGAUUUUCGGGAUAUGUGUGAAUAUCACCAGACGUCACAAAGGGCUUUAUUUGUCCGAAAAUCCCUGUGCACCCUACUGCUUCCUCGUGCAAGACUGACGUACAUGGGGCAUCGGCUGAUUAGCACGGAAUACACCAAGGGAGGGGGAAGUGUGAAGACCACCCAAGAACUCAAUGAAGAGGAGAUUCCAGCUGUACUCAGAGAUAAAUUUGGGAUUGUCCUUAGUAGGAAACUUAUACCAAAAGAUGACUAACCACCAUCAUUUUAUGCAUAUCGGGAAUGCAAUUUCAGAUCAGAAAGCUGGCAGCCCCAUCAUUUAUCAACUAAAACCACACCUGUCCCUGUCAUCACAAACCUCUGUCCAGUAGGACUAUCUUCAACUAGGUCAACUUCAACAACCUGAAUACCCAAGGAUUUAGAAACCUGCAGUUUCAGAUUGUGCUGACAUUUUCUGCUGCGAGAGGGGAGACAGAGCUGUUUGAUUCAUCUUUUUUAAACAAAGAAACUCUUACUGCCACGUAGGAAAAUGUUAAACU